AUGCCAGUGUGGCAGCAUCCGUUCGCUGACGUCUUCCGGCUCGUAUGCGCAGGCUCUUUUGCGACGUCGACGCGCGGCGACGUGGCCGAGCUCAUGGACAAGACGAUCCGGCGAAAGGUCUUCCGCAUCCGCGGCAAGAUCGCUGCGUCCAACCACCUGUCCGUGCCCGCCGAGGGCGAUAGCCUUCAGCUCACGGGGCGCUACAUCUACCUGCAGCUCCACCGUGCGCCGGGCGAGUCGGCGACGCUGCACUUGGACAUUGUGACGAAGAAACGGUCCGCGCUGCGCCUCUCGCUUAGCACCAUGUACUCGAGCGUGCGCAGCAUGGGCGUGAACCUUCGCCUACCUCUUCCACUAGGCGACAAGUGGACGGUGCUCGCGCUGGACAUGCACCGCCUCUUGGAGCUGCAUACGUCCGUUGCCUACAACCGCGAAGGCUACGAUUACCUCAAGAGCGUCCAGCUCUGCUGCUCGAUGAGCAUCCGUGGCAUCUACACGUCCGAUAUUCUCUACAUGCCCGAGACGCUGCCAAAAGGCAUGGAACUGCCUCUAAUCAAGUCGCAUGCUUGGGAGCUGUCGUACGACUGGCACUGGCUUCCAAGCAACCAACUUGACGCUAUCGACAUACCCACACCGAGCAAGGACGUUCUGCGGCCGGCCAUGCUCGCAUCGCCCGCUCGCAGCUCGCCACCAGCAUCGCCGCAAACGACGUCCUCUCCGCGAAAGAGGCCUGCGCCGUUGAAAGACGGCGAGCCUAGCACCCCGGCGCCCCUGCCGCUCUCGCAGCUCGAGCACGAAGCGCAGCUACAGACGCAUCGCAGCGCAGUUCUCCAAAAGGCCGAUUUGAUCUUGAAGCGAGCUGGCUUGCAGCGCCCGUUGCCCGCAUCUGCCGCGCCCAAUUCGCCGCCGGUAAGCCCCAAGCUCUACUACUCGCCGAGCAAGUACGGGCCGCGGAUACUUCCAAAAGCCAACUUGAUGUGGCCCGACCGCGUCCUUGCGCUCGAUCGCAUCGUGGGGCUUUCCCAAGCUUGCACGGGCGGCGCGCUGUGGUGCCACGCCUCCAAGUCCUUUCUGUACGCCAGCGACGCCACGCUCGUCCUCGCCGAGCGUCGUCCAAGCACCUUGGCCAUGUCGUUCUUGCACGGGCACGACCGAGACAUUCGCCACCUCGUGCUCUCUCCUACGAUGCACAUGGCCAUCACAUGCGAAGUCGGACCGUCGCCAGCGCUACGCCUCUGGUCUACGGCCACGUCGCGCUGUGUCGCGUGUCUGCGCGGCCACGUGCACGGCGUCGUGGCGCUGGCUGUCGGCGGCACACUGCUCGUCGUCGUCGGCAAGGACGCGCAGCACCGCACGCAGCUCAUCGUGUACGACGCUGCGAGUGCCACGUCCUCGUCGACACCGCUAUCGACGCUGCCAGUCGUCGCCAAACAAACGUCGGACUUUCCCAUUUCCACGUUGCGCUUCUCGCCGUACGACAGCGACCGCCUCGUCUCGUGCGGCCGCGAAAACAUUCGCUUUUGGCGCGUCAAGGCCGGGCACCUGCCGGGGUGUCCCGUCGUCUUGCACGAGUACGCCCGCGAUGCGCUCUUUACUGACAUUGCGUUUGAUCUACCGAGCACACCCGGUCGGCCCGUGUACGUCUCGUCGUCGCACGGCACCAUCUUGGUCCUUGACUACGCGUCGAUGGCGCUGCUGUGCGUCUACAAGCUGCACGACGCAGCGAUCCACAGUCUUGCGGUGAACGCGGGCUUCUGUGUCUCGGGCGGCGCCGACGGCUUCCUGCGCGUGUGGCCGCUGGACUUCUCCGACUUUUACCUCGAGGCGCGCCACGAAGCUGCGAUCCUCUCGGUCGACCUCUCGGGCGACGGCCUCGAAGCCAUAGCGACGUGCGCCAACGGAACGGUCGGGAUCCUUGACGUGAGCAGCCACGCAUACAGCAUUGUGCAGCGCGCGCACACAGCGGCCAUCUCUGCGAUCGCGUUGAGCCCCAAGAGUGACGCACUCGUGUCGAUCGCAUUCGAUCGGACGAUCCGCGUCUGGGAUGUACCGACGGGGCUGCAGACGUACGAGUUCAAGACCGAGGCGAGCGUGGGCACGUGCAUCGCGCACCACCCGAGCGACGCGCGCAUCGCGGUCGGCUUUGCCUCGGGCAUGCUGCGCAUCUUUGACAUUCCGAGCAUGACGAUCCUCGAGACGUACCACCAGCAUGUUGGUCCGAUAUUAGAUGUCCAGUACGGGCUCCAGAGCGUCUACUCGAGCGGCGAGGACCAGCAAGUGUGCUGCUACCAGCACCACUCGUCCACCGUGCUCUCGGUACAUGGCGCAUACCCCAUCACGAACGGCCGGUUCUGCGUCGACGUCGUCUUGCAGUACCUUGCGAUCGCUGGCGCCGACAGCAGGUCCAUUGAGCUCCUCGACAUGUACUCGCUGCGGCGCAAGCGGUCGCUGCAAUACUGCGACGGCAAAGGCGCCCCGAUGCAACUGCGAAUGCUCGGGUUCAUCCAGCAUCAGCAACUGCUCGUGCUUGUCGUAUCGUCGCAGCGGCUGCUCCUCAUGGCGCCAUCGACCGGCGACGUAGCCCGGACGUGGGCGUCGAUUGCCGACGGCAGUGUCGGAGACCUCGCGCACAGUCCGUUUGGCCGAUACAUUGUACACGGCCGCGCCGACGGCGGUGCGCUCAAGGCGCUCAUGCUCGAGCACCCGCAGCAGCUCCGCCUGACGCAGUCGUUUGCGGGUCCGAGCCAUGGUCUCCAGCGCGUUCUCUUCUCACAAGACGGCAAGUGGGUGGUGACGAUCGGCGGCAGCGCCGCGCUGCUUCUUUGGCGCUUCCUCGGGUAUGAGGACGACCUGCGCGCGACCAACACGGACAGCAUGCUAUCCGAGGCUGCGUUGGCGUCCAUCGACGAAGCCGCCUUGUUUGAGCAGCACCACAAGAGCGACAACCAGCUCCUCGGCGACACCUCCGAAGACGAAGACGAGGACGGUGGUGUGCCGCGACAGCUCGUACCGACGCCGACGCAGCGUCCGUCACGGCGCAAGUCCAUCUCGGAGCUGCCGCCGAGUCCGAUUGUCUUGUCUGACAUUCCAUGGAGACCCGUCAUGACGCGCGUACGUGGCUUCAACGUGGACGCGACGUCGCCUGUCGUGUGGUCGGCAGCGCACCAAACGCUCGUCCGAGCGGUGGGCUCCCGCGUCGUCAUCGAGACGCCGUCCUCAAGCCGACACGCGUGUCGACAAGCGUCAUCUCGCGUCCUCGGGCUCGCCCUCGGCCCAGCCCAAGACGUUGUUGUCUACUGGGACGCAACGCCGUCGCUGACGUUUGUUUCGCUGAAUGACGCCAUGACGAUGACGACAACGUCCGUCGACGCGUCUGUCCGGUCCGUUGCGUUUGAAAGCUCACGUCGCGUCUGGUGCAUUGCUGGCGGCGACCUCUUGCUCCUCGAUACCGAGACCAUUGUAGCGUCCAUAGCUUUAUUGAGCGACGCGCCUUGCCAGAUCGAGUGGCUCGGCCAUACGACGGUCGACGUCGUCACAGCCCACCCCGUCCAGUUCUGGAAGUGGACUGGCCACGCCAUCGUUGCUGUGCCCAUCCGCACCGACGUCUCCCUGACGCUCAUUGCGUCAUCGCAGGCCCGUCGGCACUGCGAGUUGGUUCUGGGCUGGAGCGCUGAGACGAGCAAAGUGCACUUUUUAAAUACUUCGACGACCUCGAUCGUGUGCUCUGCGACGCUCCAGGCGCACAAGCGGUCCACAGUAGCCCAUUUGGCCUGGUGCAACGACACGACGGUGGCCGUCGCCACGGCCGACGCGCCGUACGUGUGGCUCUACCAGCUCGUGUUGGCGGCAGACGGCGAGACGCUGGCGCUGGACGCGAUGGAGCGCGACGGUCUCUCGCUGCUCACCAACGUCCCGCCUAUUGGUGGCGCCAUGAGCAGUCUUCUGCGCGUCGACGCGCCCGUCCAGUCGAUGACGUGGCAUUCAGCUUCGCACGCCGACGACUACGGGAUCAUCAUUACGAGAACGGGCGCGGUCUGGUCGGUACAGCCCGCGGCUUUUACACGGCAGCUCCUCGACCUCACGCUCGCCGCGCCCAUCACGAGCCUCGGCGUCCUCCCGUCCGGCGACAUUGGUACGCUCGCCGACUCGACGCUGCGGCUUUGGGACGCAACGACGUUGCGCGAGUGCUGUUUUCACGCAUCGUUGCCGCCACAAGUGCCGUCCGCGUUCGCGAGCUCGGCCUUUGGAUGCGUCGUGGGCUAUCCCAACGGCCAGCUCCGAGUUCUCUGCAGCGACGGCAGCAGCGUCACCACCUGUCAACCGUGGGCUCUCGAGACAGCUCGGUCCAAGAACUUUUUGCGACGGUACACGUCCGAUGUCUCCACUGACGUCCUCUCCUUUCUGCGCAACGCGCCGACGGUGCUGGUCGGCAACACGCUCGGGCAGCUCGUGCUCCUCUCCCUUCCCUCCAUGGACGUGACGUGGGUGCCUCUGCCCUUUGGCGCCCAAGCAAAUCCUUCAACCUUAUCGUCGCAAAACCAUCCGCAAGUCGGCGGCCAGCUCCUGCAUUGCUCCGGAGCCACCGACGCCAUCGUCGUCGUGUGGGCGUCUCAGGCAGGAAAGAGCCACGUGCACAUCUACACUGGCCACGGCUCGGUCUUGCAGGAUGCGUGGAAGCUGCCACAGGUGCCGCCCGCCCACGCCUGGGGCCUCCUCUCACCGCACGAAGACUCGGUGGUCCUCUACAGCGCGGUCGGCGGCAUCGAAGCCCGCUGUUUCCAACGCCGCACUGUGCUGUGGCAGUGCGCACUCGCUCCGUCCCCGACAACCGCGAUCCUGCUCGACGACAUGCUCUUGCUCACCUCAGCGGGCCUUCUCCACCGCCUCGACCUGCGCGACAUGUUGUUGGCACCCAUCGCAAGUAUGAACUCGGUGCUGGCGGCCGCCAUCGAGGGCGAACGCAUUUGCCAGCGGAACGGAGCGCUGUACAUCGCUGAUGGCAACUGCCUCGUUCGCGUGGAGCUCACUCGACUUGCGCCAGUCAUGGACCAGAACAGCGACGAUGACGUGCUGGAAGAUCGCGCGUUGGCCGAGUGA